AUGAUGUUGCUGCUUGACCUUCCCAACGAAGUACUGGACAGCAUCUUCUCAUACUCUCGUGUACGCGAAUUACGGUCACUGAUUCUAUGCUCUCGACAUGUCCAUACACUAGCUCUGCCCCAUCUGUACCACGAUAUCAAUUUUACGGUUCGAGCGGUCGGUAUCAACAAACAACGUUCGCUUUGGGCUACUCGCAUAGUCGAUCGGUUCAUAGCUACAUUGGAGAGUCAUCCUGAACGCGCAUCAUGGGUCACUAGCGCGAGCCUCACCUGGGACAAAUAUCACUCAGAUUUCGGACUGUCCAAGGUUUUGGGUCUCUUGACCUCUGCAAAUACGAUCACUCUGAAAGUGGAGCUCAAUGCAUAUCCGGAUAUACCAUCCCAGCCGGCAGCACCUCCCUGGGAGUCUGAGGGUAGUUCUUCUCGUGCCUCACAUCUCUUGUCCCAAUCACGUACGUCGAGAACCUUGAAGAGUUUAGUGCUUGAUGAUCCUCAGACAACAACCGCCGAUGUAGCAAGAAUCAUGGCUCUACCGGCCUUGACCGAGCUGACAAUUGUCCAAUUCAAUGAAUGGAAAUCUAGAGACGUCUUUGCACCACUUCAGAACACCAUUACUCCUCCCUCGAGCAACGUUUGCAAACUUCACUUCCUGAAUUUCCUUGCAUCAAACUACAAAAUAUCUGAGAACUUGUUCAAAAAUCAGACGCAACUUGAGACUCUCACUUGGGACGUCAUGACCGAGUACAAACUUUCUCCUUCUGUAAUCAGGGGUUGCCUACAUCAUCUACGAGACAACUUGCUUGAGCUGCACCUGACAAGAGCUUACAAACCGGAUAUGCCAAUGCUUGGGCCUGAUUCGACGGAGCUUGAUGUGUUACAAUUCUCCUGUCUGAAGGUUCUUGAGAUUCAUAGUCACUUUCUGUUCCCUGCUAUCCCGUGGCACGAUCGACCUAAGGGACAACGGGAUUGGACCUCGUCACAUACUGUCGAUUUGCAGCUUUCGAAUAGACUCCCUGCAACUUUGGAAUUUUUAAAGAUCUGGUUCGAAUAUAGAGAAUAUGCUUUCAAACCAUGGAAGCUAGGAGACGAGAGUCACGAAUGGAUUAUCAGUCUAGCACAGCAAAGCCAAUCUCGAACUCCGAAGCUUUCCAACGUCAUGAUUAUCGAGAAGAGGUGGGCAUCUGAACGCGAGUGGCUUCCAUGGGUUCCAAUUGCCGAAGUUCACGAACCGUUUGACAAGGCUAAGAUUGAGCUUGAGGUCUGGCUGAGGGGACUUGUAGAUCCGUAG